GUUGACUAACUCUAUGAAGUGAUGUACAGUGCGUCUCACAGCCACUAUCAUUUCCCCGCCAUCCCGCGACUUCGCUUCGCUCAUGACCAUCGUAGACCUGCCUGAAGAUGUUUGGCAGAUCGUGGCCCUCUUCUUUCCACAACGAGAGCUUUCGCCCCUCAUAUCAGUUAACAAGGCGCUGUACAACAUCGUGUUAAACGCCAAAUACCGAGAAAUCCAUUGGGACAAGGUGGAUAAGGAUUUGGCGCGCACGCUGGUGCGUCUACGAACACCCUGUAUUGCUCAACGCGUUCGCCGACUACAUGUUCGAGCUUGGUUCAUCGAGUAUCUCAACCGGAAGGAGGCCCAGUCCCGUCCUUCGGCGAUGGCCAUUUCUAAACGCUGGCUAAACCGCCACUUGCGACUGCCGUCUCGUUUGAGCCACGGUGCGAAGGGGAACACGACAUACGCCGAGGAUAUCAUGGAGGCAAUGACGGAAGCUCUAUCUCUGAUGAGCCAGGUCACGGAGUACACUUUCGAAUGGCGUGACCUUUCCCCCAAUCAACGAACGUUACGCUUGCUCUCGACUGCUCGGAGCGCGUUCGGAAUAAGUCUACGCAAACUCACUCUGAACGCACAACUUGAGAACUUCAGGGCGCUGGUAUCAACGGUCGAAUUCGAAAACCUCGAGGAUCUGGAGCUCUAUUUUGACCACGACAACAUCGAGUUGGAUGUAGAAGAGACGCUUCGAAUUCUGCAAAAUACCAUUGCCCCGUUCAUUAACCGCUUUCGACGUACAAUCAGCAGCCUCUUCAUCUUCUCUGCUUCCAAGGCUGACCUGUCGUCUCUGUUUCCUGCCUUGGACAAGUUCCCUCGUCUAUACAACCUGAUAUUUCACUUGCCCUGGGACUCUGCACAUCUUUCCGAGCCAGAUGCGCUCAUUGGGUUCUUGCGUCGAAACACGGAGAUGUUACGGAGCAUAGAGCUCCGCAAAUCAUAUGCGGCCGUCUCCGAACCGGCCGAUGCACCAACCUGCAUUUGGUCUCAGUUCUCCCGGGCACUGCUCUCGGACCCUCGAGUGCUAACAGAUCUCACGAUUCUCAAAAUACCCGCCUUCAGGUCCUUCGAAGAGACACUCGCAUGUAUCAAUUAUUCGGCGCAUACCCUGACAACCUUACAUCUGGUUGACUAUUUCUUCGGCGAAGACGAGCUACUUGCUUUCGUGCAACUUUUCGCUCGCCGCAACCUAGACUCCGGUCUACGAACAUUGUAUAUCGGCCUGUCUACGCUGACUGUUUCGACAAUAGAUCUUCUGGCCCGGCGAUUACCGGCCUUGGAUAGCUUGGGCCUUGUGCUGGCUGAAUAUGUCGCGUCGGAAAUUAUGAUUAUGCAACACAACAUACUAGUCGUAUGUGAUGAGACACCUGCCUAAAGUCGUGCCACCUCUAAAUUGCCUUGCAAGCUGCAGGCAUCUCCUUUCUGCAUGUCUCUCGCGGCACAUUCUUUUCCCGAAUGGGGACUGGCCAACAUCGGAAUCUGGUCAAAGCGGUUCAUCGAAACACCCUAUUCGACCCCGGAAGAAACAGCAAUCAUGCUGCACAUCGCUCGCUGCUUCCCGAGCAUCCGCAGUUUCAAAGCCCUACCUCGAUCUACAUCUGCAUUCAUCUGUCCGGCAUUUCCGUAACCAGUGGGAAGAUCUUCAAUCAUCUUCGAAUGUCGUCUUGCUCGGUUUUUGGUGACAAAUGGUCCAUCAUCCUGUUAUUCUUCCACUCAUUGGGAGCUUACGAUCACGAGUUUCUGUCUCGUUGAUUGUAAAACUGGGAAAUUUAGUCUAGAAUUACGCUCCGGGUCAGGGAACUAAUGUACUUUUAGCACCAUUCACGGAGGUCAUUCUGGCACGGCCAUACGUGGAUCGAGCUCUCUUUUCGAUCGCCAGAUGAAACAUGGACUCGAGUCGUGAUGUAUCCCGGAAUAAGGAAAAUGAAACAUCUGUAAUGAAAUUCAAGUGCCUAGCGUCCAGAGCUGUCUCGGGCAGAGACGCUGUCGAUAUAGAAAUCUGGGGUUAGGGUUAGCCCACCGGAGGACGCAAAAAAAGGGGACCCCCAACGACACAAGCCAGUAGUGCAGCGGCAAGGUCAU